AUGCUGGAAGAGUACGGACAAGCCAUUUUAAGAUGGAAAGUCAUGGAUGUCGUCUAUGUGUGUAUUCUCAUUGUGGCAGACACCUUCUUCUUUGAACAAAUCAGUCCCUUCCAGAGACAGUUUAUGAUUAACGACCCAACGAUACAGCACCCCUUCACUGUGAGAGAACGUGUCCCGGCAAUGACUCUGCUUGCAUUGAUGGUGUCUGUCCCCCCGCUCAUUAUAGUGGCGGUCACCUUCUUCACCGUCCCAAAGAGAUUCAGGAUACAAGUUGUUUACAUCUCCAUCCUCUCCCUGUUUCUAUCAAUGUCCACCUGUGUCAUGGUGACAGAUAUCUUUAAAAAUUGGAUUGGCAGAUUGCGUCCGGAUUUCUUGGCCCGUUGCCAACCAAAACAGGGUCUUCUCAAUAACGUCUAUUAUUCCGCAGUGGACGCUUGCACAACAGAUAACUGGCAGAGGCUCCUGGAUGGGUUCAGAACAACACCUUCCGGCCACUCGUCAAUGGUAUGGUCCUCCUUUGGUUUCAUCUCCCUGUGGACAUACUCCCAACUGAGCAUCUACUCUCACGCAUUCACUUCAUCCAUUGCACUCACUCCUCUACUCUACUGCUUCUACGUGGCCUUCUCUAGAGUCCAGGAUUACAGGCACCACUUUGUCGACGUUUGUCUCGGCUCCCUCCUAGGCGCAACCAUUGCUUAUUGGAGUUACACAAGGUACUUCCCUUACCCUUGGCGACACGAGUCACACGUGCCUCUCAUGCUGCUGCAAGACUCUCCAAAGAAAGACUUUUAUUCAGAGCUGGAAUUCAACAAUGGAUACCUCCCUCCUCCAGCCCAUGACUUCCAGUUACCCGUCUAG